AUGCCCAAAUCCCCAUUCCCAAUCCGUAUCAGCUUCUUCAGCUACUUCUUCAACGAAAGUCGUCUCCUUUCGAGUAACCCACUUAACCUCUCUUAUUCUGUUUCAGUUUCUCCGAGGAAAUCCAUGGAAGCCGAACAAGUUGUUUCACCAUUAGAGGAAGCUCCCAUAUCGGAGAAGAUGUUUAAAUCAGCUCCCAAAAUGGGUUCUUACAAGUUAGGUGAUUCCACUUUGUCUUCAAUGAUUGAGAAUUAUGCAAAUUCAGGUGAUUUUGCUUCUGUGGAGAAUCUAUUGAGUCGAAUUAGAUUAGAGAACAGAACGAUUAAAGAAUAUAGCUUUAUAGUUGUGUUUAGAGCUUAUGGGAAAUCACAUUUGCCUGAGAAAGCUGUAGACUUGUUUCAUAGAAUGGUCAAUGAGUUUCGGUGUAAACGUACUGUUAAGUCCUUUAACUCUGUGUUGAAUGUGAUUAUAAAGGAAGGUCUUUAUCAUCGAGGAUUGGAGUUUUAUGAUUAUGUUGUGAAUUCCAACAUGAACAUGAACAUUUCUCCGAAUGGAUUGAGUUUUAAUUUGGUUAUUAAGGCUCUGUGUAAGUUGGGAUUCGUGGAUCGAGCGAUUGAGGUCUUUAGGGAAAUGCCGGAGAGAAAGUGUUUGCCUGAUGGGUAUACGUAUUGUACGUUGAUGGAUGGGUUGUGUAAGGAGGAAAGGAUCGAUGAAGCGGUUUUACUGUUGGACGAGAUGCAGAGCGAGGGUUGCUCACCUAGUCCGGUUACAUAUAACGUGUUGAUCGAUGGAUUGUGCAAGAAAGGGGAUUUGACAAGGGUGACAAAGCUUGUGGAUAAUAUGUUUCUCAAGGGAUGUGUUCCUACUGAGGUAACUUAUAAUACGCUUAUUCACGGUCUAUGUCUCAAGGGGAAAUUGGAUAAAGCUGUUAGUCUCUUAGAGAGGAUGGUGUCGAGCAAAUGCAUGCCGAAUGAUGUCACAUAUGGAACACUCAUUAAUGGGUUGGUAAAGCAAAGACGAGCAGCGGAUGCGGUUAAGUUGCUAAUGUCUAUGGAAGAAAGAGGGUAUUGUUUGAAUCAGCAUGUUUAUUCGAUCCUUAUAAGCGGCUUGUUUAAGGAAGGAAAAGCCGAGGAAGCUAUGGCCUUGUGGAAGAAAAUGGCGGAGAAAGGUUGUAAACCCAAUAUUGUUGUGUACAGUACUCUAGUGGAUGGUUUAUGUCGCGAAGGAAAACCAAAUGAAGCGAAAGAAAUACUUAAUGAAAUGAUAAGUAAUGGCUGCUUGCCCAAUGUGUAUACGUACAGCUCUCUGAUGAAAGGAUUUUUCAAAACUGGUCUUAGCGAAGAGGCGAUUCAAGUAUGGCGAGACAUGGAUAAAACUGAAUGUUCUCGAAAUGGGGUUUGUUAUAGCGUUUUGAUCGAUGGUCUUUGUGGGGUUGGGAGGGUUAAGGAGGCUAUGAUGGUUUGGUCAAAGAUGCUCACUAUCGGGAUCAAACCUGAUACGGUAGCAUAUAGUUCAAUGAUUAAAGGUCUUUGUGGUAUCGGCUCGAUGGAUGCGGCAUUAAGACUUUAUUAUGAGAUGUUAUGCCAAGAGGAACCCAAGUCACAACCUGAUGUUGUUACUUAUAAUAUACUUCUAGAUGGCUUAUGUAUGCAGAAAGAUGUCUCUAGAGCAGUUGAUCUCUUCAACUGUAUGUUAGAUAGAGGCUGUGAUCCCGAUGUUAUUACAUGUAACACGUUUUUGAAAACUUUGAGUAGCAAAGAAGGGAGGAGUUUUCUAGAAGAGCUUGUUGUGAGGCUCUUAAAGCGCCAGAGAGUAUCGGGCGCUUGUAAGAUUGUGGAAGUAAUGCUUGGUAAGUAUCUGACACCGAAGGCUUCCACUUGGGCGAUGAUUGUUCCAGAGAUUUACCGCGCGCUCCUCAAAAGCCUACAUGCUUGGAACGCUUUCGCUUCUGGUGUUGUGGACCAGAAAUGCUUCCGAAAAACAGCUCCAACUCCUAAAGGAAAGAUCUUUGAAGUCUGA